AUGAUCCCUUCAGGAACAAUGAAGCCUUCCAGAGGAAAGCUUCCUCUACCCAUCAUCGUCACCACAAUUUGUGUUCUUGUCUUCAUAGCAGUCUUGUAUGCAGAAAGACUAAGUUUUCUUAAUUCCAGUUCAAUUUUCAAGCUCAAAACCUGUCCUAGAAAGCACACCAAAUCAAAAUCUAAUGAUAAGAAAGCUGAGGAAGUGAUUGAAAAUGCCCCAUGGUUGGAUGAUAGGUUCGAUUUUGACCCAGAAGAGUGCAAUGUUGCAAAUGGAAAAUGGGUAUUUAACAACUCAUUGAAGCCAUUGUACUCAGACACUAGCUGUCCUUACAUAGAUAGACAAUUUUCUUGUGUCAAGAAUGGAAGGAAUGAUUCUGAUUACCUUCAUUGGGAAUGGCAGCCAGAAGAUUGCACCUUGCCCCCAUUUAAUCCAGAGCUAGCACUUAAGAAGCUUCAAGGAAAGAGGCUAUUAUUUGUAGGGGAUUCACUGCAAAGAAACCAAUGGGAAUCUUUUGUCUGUUUGGUCCAAGGUAUCAUACCUGAAAAGAAAAAGUCAAUGAAACGAGGGCGUGUUCAUUCAGUCUUCAAAGCCAAGGAAUAUAAUGCUACCAUAGAAUUUUAUUGGGCCCCAUUUCUUGUGGAGUCCAACACUGAUAUUCGAAUCAUAGGAGACCCGAAGAAGAGAAUAAUAAAAGUAGAUCAAAUCACGGAACGUGCCAAAAACUGGACAGGAGUGGAUAUCCUUGUUUUCAAUACCUAUGUAUGGUGGAUGAGUGGUCUUAGAGUAAAAGCACUAUGGGGUUCAUUUGGCAAUGGAGAAGAAGGAUAUGAAGAAUUGGAUACACCAAUUGCUUACAAAUUGGGUUUGAGGACGUGGGCCAAUUGGGUUGACUCAACUAUUAAUCCAAACAAAACUCGAGUCUUCUUCACAACAAUGUCCCCUGCACACACAAAAAGCGCAGACUGGGGCCACAAGGAUGGUGUGAAAUGUUUCAAUGAGACAAGGCCAGUAAAGAAGAAGAAUCAUUGGGGAAGUGGUUCUAAUAAGGGUAUGAUGAGUGUGGUGGCCAAAGUGGUGAAAAGAAUGAAAGUUCCGGUGAAUGUCAUAAACAUAACACAGAUAUCAGAGUAUAGAGUUGAUGCUCAUUCCUCAGUUUACACUGAAACUGGGGGUAAAAUUUUGACUGAGGAGGAAAGGACUAACCCACUAAAUGCAGAUUGCAUACAUUGGUGUUUGCCUGGAGUUCCAGAUACUUGGAAUCAAAUAUUUUUGGCAAUGUUGUAA